GAUACGAGAAAAACCACCAAAGAAACAAAUGAAAUUUGCCGUGAGUUAUCAACCAUGAAAUUUGACCCCGUGGGAAAAUAUUUGGUGUACAAAUUCUCUCCAGUUUUCGUUACUUUGGAUCAUUGCAUAUUUAAGCCUGUAUUUUUCAUCACUGUUGAGAAAUCGAAGGAGUUGCAACAUGGCGGACGACGAUGUUGAAACUCUGACUGUAUUGAAUUACUACAUGAGUGAAUCAUACUAUAGAAAGGUUCACAUGGAAGCGGUGGAUGCAACAAGAAAAUUUGGAUCAGAUCCUGUUCUUGUGCUAUUCAAAGGAUUGGCACUAUUAAUGGAAGGACGAGUUCAAGAAAGCAUGAGGGAACUUGAAGUAAUCAAGGAUAAACCAGAUGUUUCUCUUGCAAGUAUGAUUGCUCUCAUUAUGGCUCAUAAAAAAUCAAGAACACCAGAUCGUGAUGCUGUUAAUGAACUUGACGCAAGGGUCAAAGAAGAACGAAGAUCAGCAACAGACAAAUCGCUGUAUUUUGCUGGACUCUCUCUUUGGCAUCUUGGUCGAUCAGAUAAAGCAAGAGAGUAUGUAGAUAAACAGUUGAAGAAUUUCAACACUGCUUCAGGACAAAUUCUCAGAGGAUGGAUUGAUUUAACAUCUGAUAGAGAUGCUUAUGUGAAAAAAUCUGUCAAAUACUUUGAUGAAGGCUUGUCUUCAAAUAAUAAAGAUCCGUGGGCCUUAAUUGGGAAAUCAAGAUAUAAUGUGAAAAGAAAAAAUUUCUCAGCCGCAUUAGAAUUGGUGAAUCAAGCAAUAGUUUCAUAUCCAAAUUUUUCUCCUGCUUUAGUUGAAAGAAUGAGAUUACAUCUUGCUCUACAAGAUUGGGACCAAACACUUGAAGCUGCUAACAGAUUAUUAAACAUUGAUUCACGCCAUCCUGAAGCUCUGAAAACUCAAAUCAUUUACACAAUGGCAAGAGAAGGAAAAUCUUCGGAUGUUGUUACCAUGUUGGGAGAGUUAAUCCAGGUCAUUGAUAGAUUUGAGCCGCAGAACACCAAGCUUUAUGUAAACAGCGGGAAACUUUUUGCAAGAAUGUGCGGAAGAAAUCUUCCAAUUCUCAAUCAAACAUACACAUUACUUGAACGAGCAAUUUCAGUCGAUGCAACCAGUGCUGAAUUUACUUGUGAGCUUGGAUAUCAAUUGUUUUUGCAGGGUAAGAUUCGUGAUGCCAUAAAAUGCUAUAAAAAUGCCAUGGAAUUGGAUGAAACAAGUGUCGUGGCAUUGACUGGUGUCAUUAGAUGCCAGCUAUUUUCUGAUGACGUUUCUUCAACUCAGCAAAGAAAAGAAGUGCUAGCUGAAGUCAGUCAACAGCUUGAGUUUUUAAGAGAAGUACAACAGGCUAUUGGACAAGAUCCUGAACUUCUCUAUCUCAAUGCUGUACAUUCACGAAAAAACAACAAACCACAAGAAGAAAGUUAUCAGUUUUUAAAAGAUGCAAUGAAGGCUCAUUUCAAGUCAUUGAAAGGACUUCCUCUUGGCGAAGAAUAUUUUAUGACUCUGAAUCCAGAUUUUAUUCUUGAUUUAGCAAGAGAAUUAUUAACAAUGGGACCUUCAGAGGCUAUUCCACAAGGUCAAGCUGUCCCAAAAGUACUACAUGAUUGUGUUGCUGUGCUUGAUCCUGUUAUCAAAGUUCUACCUGGAUUAUUGGAUGCCCUGUAUCUUUUUGCUAAAGCAAAAUUCUUCGCUGGAGAAGCAGAUGCUGCUCUUACAACCUUACAACAUUGUAUUGAACAAGAUUCCUCAUACAGCGAUGCACAUUUGUUAAUGGCUCAGAUCCAUCAGGACAAAGGAAAUUAUGCAAUUGCUUCUCAGUAUCUUGAAUCAGCUCUCAGUUAUAAUUUUGAGAUUCGAGACCAUCCUCUUUAUCAUCUUAUUAAAGCUAAAACUUUGGUCAAGUCUGGUGAAGUUGUUGAAGCAAUUCAAACUUUGAAAAUGGCUCUGGCUAUACCUGGUGUUAAAAAACCACCUUCAGCUUCACAAAAACAAGUGAAGAAAUCUGUGAUUUCAGCAACAGAUCGGCUAUCAAUAUUCUUGGAAUUAGUUCAUGCACAUACAAAGAAUAACGAACAUCAUGAAGCUAUCAAAGUAAUGCAGGAUGCAAUCAAUGCAUUUCAAGGCACAUCAGAAGAGAUUCGAGUUACAAUUGCAAAUGCUGAUUUAUCACUUAGUCGGGGUGAUGUUGAACAAGCGUUAACGAUGUUGAGAAACAUAAAACCGGACCAAUCAUAUUAUGCGCAAGCGAAAGAAAAAAUGGCUCACAUAUAUUUACAUCACAGACGAGAUAAAAACUUGUACAUCAGUUGUUACAGAGAUCUGUUGAGCAAAAGACCAAGUUCCCAUGCCAGUUUAUUAUUGGGUGAUGCCUACAUGAGUAUUCAAGAGCCUGAUAAAGCAAUAGAAGUGUAUGAGCAAGCAAUGCAGCAAAAUCCGGACAGUGGAUUGGCAAGUAAAAUUGGACAAGCAUUAGUCAAAACUCAUGAUUAUAGAAGGGCAAUAGCUUAUUACGAAGCAGCAUUGAACACAGGACAACAACAACAUUUAAGAUUUGAACUGGCUGAAUUAUUAUUGCAAUUAAAAAUGUAUGAUAAGAUGGAGGCAAUAUUGAAACAGAUUCCAUCAGAUGAUCGUUCCAGAGGAGAGACAGAACUUGAGAGAGCAAUGUUUGAUACGAAAUGCUCUCUUCUCUUAUCUUCUCUUUAUAAAGAAAGAAAUCAACAUGAGAAAGUAGCAGAAGAAUUAUCUAAAGCAAGAGAUAAACAGGCAAGAGUAUUGAAGAGAGUUCAACUCGAACAACCGGAAUCAGCAUCGAGUCAAAAACAACUUGCAUCUGAUAUUUGCUGUAGAAUGGCUGCUCAUGAAUAUGAGAGAAAUAAAAAUACAGAACAAGCUAUAAAGUAUUAUAAAGAAGCUUUGAUUUAUUGUGAAAAUGAUUCAAAGGCAAUGAUUCAACUUGCAAAACUCUAUCUACAGUCAUCUGAUCUAGAUAUAUGUCAGCAAUAUUGCAUGCAAAUAUUAAAACAGACUGAUACAUCUGGACACAGUGAAGCUAGCAUGAUGAUGGCUGACAUAAUGUUUCGUAAAAACUCGUACGACGAAGCGAUUUAUCAUUAUCAAAAAUUACUCGAAGCAAAACCAGAUUAUUAUGAAGCUCUGUCAAGGCUUAUCGGCCUUCUCCGAAGAUCUGGGAAACUCACAGAGGCCCCUCAGUUCUUGGGACUUGAGGAAGGAGAAGAUACAAAUUCGAAGAAGGAUAUCUCAACGGAAGGAACAAAAAUGAAUAAGAAAGCUAGUACUUCUAAUGAUCCAGGUUAUCAUUACUGUAAAGGAUUGUACGAAUGGUACAGUGGGAAGACAAAAGAAGCAUUACGUUCUUUUAACAUUGCAAGACGUGAUUCAGAUUGGGGAGAACAAGCUGUUACAAACAUGGUUCGGAUUUGUCUUAAUCCUGAUCAAGAUACUCUGGGUGGAGAAGUAUUAGAGAACCUGGAUGAUUCUAACUCUCAUGACAAAUUGACGGCAGCAGAAGCAGGAAUUUCAACGGCAGAAAGAUUGAUCAAAGAACUCUGUAAAACACCUGCAGCAACCCCAACAGAUGCAACCAAGCGUAAAAUAUUAGAAAAAUAUGUUCUACUCGGACACAGACAGAAAAGUAAUGCGGAAAAAGCACUUGCUGCUUUUAUGGAAAUUCUACAAAAUGAGAAAGACAAUGUAUCAUGUUUGCUGGGAAUGGCAAUCGCUUAUCAGAUUAUGAAGCAAACGCCGAGAGCCAGGAACCAACUCAAAAGAAUUUCAAAGAUGCAAUGGACACUGGAAGAUGCAGACAAUUUUGAGCAGGCAUGGUUGUUACUUGCGGAUGUUUAUAUAAGUGCAGGGAAAUUUGAUAUGGCAACUGAACUGUUGAAGAAAUGUGUGGAACAUAAUAAGUCUUGUUGUAAGGCAUUUGAGUAUCUUGGAUACAUUUAUGAGAAAGAACAAUCCUAUCAAGAUGCUUCAACUCAUUAUGAAAAAGCCUGGGAUUAUGGCAAUCAGGCUAACCCUAGCAUAGGAUACAAGCUGUCUUUCAACUAUCUCAAAGCUCGAAGAUUCAUCGACGCUAUCAAUAUUUGUCACAAAGUACUUGAUAAGAAUCCACAAUAUCCGAAAAUCCGAAAAGAAAUUCUUGAUAAAGCCAGAUCAGCUUUGAGAAUGUAAAUCACUGCAAAAGACAUGCAAACAACCUUUUUACCAAUAAUUGUAUUCUGUAAGCUGGAGCUCGAGUUAAUUUCCAAUUAAAACUGAAUAUGAAUAGAGGUAGUCUCAAUGCUAUUGCUAUAGUUGUUUAUGAUCAUUUUUCUGUAAUUUAAUUUUUAGGCUGCUAUUCUGAAGAAAAAGUAGUAUUCAGAUGAGGCAGUGAACAAAGUUACUUUUCAGUGAUUUAUUAUUCAGUAUGUUUCAUUCCAAUACAAAUAUUUUUGUCUUUUUGUUGUUAAGAUAUAUGUCAAUUUAUACCAACACUAGAUAGGCACUGUAAGCAUUUAGACUUCAUUUUAAAGCUUCUAUUAUUUGAUAUAAGUAAGUUGACCUGGCAUAAUUGGCUGCAUAUUCUGAAUCAGUUACCUUUCCUGACAUCAUCUUAUGUUAAGCUGUCAUUCAAUCCUUAUUUCAUGUUUUGUGUAUUUGAAUAUUGUAUUUUUUGAACAUUUAAACCUAAAUUAAUGAAAGAUAAAAGAGAUGUUUAUGAUUCAUCAAAUGCCUUCAGUAAUUAUAAUUCAAUUUUUGUGCAACUGGUCUCAAAAUGCUAACCGUAAUUGUAUAACCUGUCUGGGAUAUUUUGUAUAUUCUUCUCCACAUGGCUUGGUGUUGUAUAUUACCUAUUGCUUUCAGUAGAGUAUAUAUAUUUUUUUAUUGGCGUUUAGUAAAAUAUAAUUCAGACUAUAUGAGA